AGCAAGCGUCCUCCAACUGACGUGAAGUUUACAAUGCUGACUGGGAAGAGUUUGCUGAUUCUUCUGUAACAUUGAGUGAAGGAGAUGUCCUCAGACGAGGGGGCAGCAACCAGUCCAGUUCUGCCUAAGGACUCAGAUCGGGGUAGCUCAGUGUCCUCCGAGCUACAGGACGAGUACGAGGAGCUUCUUCGCUUUGCUGUCGUCACGCCAAAGUUUGAAGGACCCACUUCUGCUCACAUGCAGAGCUGGCUUAGCACCUCGAGAGAAGCUGCUAGACCAUCGCAUAGAAUGGAUGACGUGAAAUCACAACGCCAAGCAGGGGUCAUACAUGACGUGGCACAUGACCGACGUUCAAGGCGGGUGGGGAAAACAACAUCCUCCGCCCAAAUGGCGGACACCCACUCACAAUCUAGUGUUUGUUAUGUGGAGGAGCUUGCAGCCCACUCCUCUGGCGGGACCUCAGCUGGGCCCUCGGACAGGUCCCGGGCGCAGGCAGGAAGGUCCAGACAGACGAGCCCGGACUCCUGGGAGUCCGGGGGGACAGAGCGGUUCAUCUCUGAGGAGAACGUCAGCAAGGUGGAGGACAUCCUGGACACCUGGAGCAGCCAUCUCAAGUCCAACGUGUUGACGGAGCUGAGGAGGUGGCGGAUGGCCCUGGUGGAGCAGCACAAGCUGGAGCUGAGGAAGGAGAGGGAGCGCUGUGGCGCGCGGUCGGCUGGCCUCAGCACGGAGCUCAGCAGCCUGAAGGAGCUGCUGCAGACCUACGAGACCUCCAACCAGAGGAAGGACGAGGUGAUCAAGAAUCUGAGCAAGGCGUUGGACAGACAGAAGGAAAAGAUGGAGGCCAUGAGGGCCUUCACCACCUGGAGGAUUCAGCACAGCCAGGUCAAAGAGGAGGCGCAUGCUUCUAAGCUGGCGCAGCAGCACUACCACCUGCAGCUGAAGAGGAAGGUGUGGCUGGGCUGGCACGGCCUCGUGCGGCGGCACUGGAAGGACCAGGUGGAGCGGGGGUGCCGCGCCCGGGCCGAGGAGGUGUGCGUGCGCCUGUCCGCCGACUACGAGGCCAGGAUAGCGGAGCACUGCGACGCCGUAGAGGACGCCCAGGCCGAGAUCCAGAAGCUGCGGGUGGAGCGCGACCGCUACGAAGAGUCCAUGAAGAAGGCCUUCAUGCGGGGCGUGUGUGCCCUCAACAUGGAGGCCCUGACCAUGUUCCAGCCCGGGGAGGGACGGCCGGAGCCCCCUGCAGCCACCGCCGCCGCCACAGCAGCAGCAGCAUCAGCAGCCCACCACCAUCACCUCCACCAUCACCACAAUGCCCCGCCUCCCCAAGACGAGUUCGGCUCCAGCUCAUCUGCUCAGCCGCACGACCGCCCCGCCUCCUCCGUCCGCUUCAGCCCCGUCCACUUCGACCCCCCCGCCCACCCGUCCCACCCGUCCCACGCCUCCCACCCGUCCCACGGCGAGGCCGGGCUGAUGCUGGGCUCCAGCGCCCCAGUCCCCAGACCAGAGGCGUCCACCACGGUGAUCCACAGCUCCCUGCCGCUUGGGAGCCACGCAGGCGCCCUCAGACAGCAGGCCAGCGGCGGGCGGGUGGUCACCGCGGGGGUCGGCCACCAGAAGCCCUCCAAGACGGUGACGGCCCGCAUCACCGCCCGCCAGGACUUCGGCCGGAUCGGCCCCAGCAACCUCCACGUCAUGUCCAUGACUCCGCCCAUGAGCUCUGUGAUCAUUGAGCGCCAUCAGCCGGUCUCACAGAUCAACAUCGGUCCGUCCGCGGCUGCUUCCAGGCACCCCCCCUCCGCCCUACUGGGCUACAGCCUCCCCAACGUCAGGGCCCAGAGCUCAUCCUCCAGGACCCACCCCAGCACCUGCCACGUGCACUCCGUCAAAGUGGUGGACUGACACACACACACACACACACACACACACACACACACACACACACACACACACACACACACACACGUGUUGCUCUCAGGUUUUCUAUUUACAUUUACUGUACUAUGCAUAAAAAAAAACACUGCUUUACUUGACAUAGUACAGCAUCAAGCAGACGUCAGGAUAAGCUUUUUUUCUAUUAAUUUAUUGACAAGAGUUAUCCAGUGUAUUUGAAUUUAGACAUAAUUUAUACAGUAUAUAUAUCUUUUUUAUUUACAUUUUAACAGUUCAUUUUACAUGAGUGGCAUGUUUUAAAUAAUGGUAAAGUCUAGGUUUGGCUGCUUUGGUGAGUUUUGUAGGGCUGCUCUCUUGCACACCUAAGCUUAUGUUUACAGUGCAAACCCCAAUGCAAGUCAUAUACGAAUGUAUAAAUUAUCUUUGCUUUGUUCUGUAAUAAAACAUUGUGUACAGGCCAAUCGAUCAAUUAAACAAA